AUGGGUAAGCGGAUCAAACUUGCUGUUGUUUUGUGGAGUCAAAGAUUUUUUUUGCUUUUUUAUGUUUUCAGUUAUACGAAGGGGAGCCUUGACGUAAUGGUAAAGUUGUCAUCGUGUGACCAAAAGGUCAUGGGGUUGAAUCUUGAAAACAGUCUCUUGCAAAAAGUAAGUGUGUUAAACAAGCCAAGGAUGCUCAAGUCUGUGCUCACUUGUUGCAAGCUCUACAUAUCCGAAAGCCGAAGUGCUCUUGCCCUGAAAUCGAUUGAUCAAGCUUCCAAGGCACAUCCAAAAGCUUUGGUCCUCAACAAAGUCAAGGAUGAGGUUUACAGUCGAGUUGGAUAUACAAUUUUUUUGCAACUCGCCAUGGAUGCAGCUCCAAUAAGGAAUGCAGUGUUUGACAUGGUGAAAGCAGCCUUUGCAUCCAUCAAUCUGGAGUUGCACUCUGGAAGCCACCCUCAUCUUGGAGUUGUCGAUCACAUCUGCUUCCAUCCUUUGUGGCACAGGCUUCGCUGGACCAAGUUGCAGCGGUUGCAGAGUCAGUAGCAACUGACAUUGGCUACACGCUCAAAGGUUUCUAUCACUUUGUAUCUCAGAAUAGAAAAUUUGUUAUGGUUGUAUGAAUGCACUUGAUGAUGUAUUUUGCUGAA